AUUGACUUUGGAGCUUAUAGUUUAACUUCAACCAAAAACCUAAAAAUUGUGAAGGUGAAUCCACCGGCACAUGUGAUACUAGAUCUAGGCUACUUAAAGUUAUAUCUAUGAUUGAACUACAGUUAAGAUGAAUUGCAAACAGCUGUUUUCACUGAGAGCAGGGAUUCGUAUCCAAGAUGUUCUAACCAAAAUUCAAUUAAAGAACAAUAUUAGCAUUUUAUCCUCAACAUGUCAUAGUGGUGGAACAUUAACAUUAUUGAGGCAAAAACACAUGUGCUGUUAUAUGUCAGAUUCUAGAUAUAGAAUUACAUUUAAGGACAAGACAAAAGUAUCCAAGUCUGGUUCAGUUUUAAGUUUUAGUGAUAUUUUUUAUCAACAAAGUAGACAGAAAGGACAUAGCCAUUGGCAAAAUAUUAAACACACUAAAGGUGAACAGGACGCUAUAAGAGGAAAGGAUACACAAAUGUUAACAUUAAGGAUAAAAAAUGCUCUCAAAGAUAAUGCCUCAACAGAUCCUAAAGUAAACAAUGAAUUGGGAAGAUGUAUUGAUUCUGCUAAACAGAAAAACAUUGCUAUGGACACCAUUCUUAGGAUAAUCAAGAACACAGCAUCAAAGACUGAGAGUUCUCGUGAGGAGAUAAUAGAAUGUUCCGGUGUUGGUGGAUUGAAGUUUAUCAUACAAGCUUUUACAGAUCUUCCAAAGAGAACCAGACCAGAUAUUCAAGGCAAACUUAAAAAAUUUGGGGCAACAAUAGAUAAACAAGGUACAGCUACACGUAGUUUUGAGAGGAAAGGUUUUGUAGAUGUUGAGCUCGGUGAAGGAGACAGCAGAAACCAUGAUGAUCAUAUAGAAUUAGCUAUUGAAGCCGAGGCUGAUGAUGUCUCCAUGGAAACCAAUGAGGAAGGAAUAGAUAUACUACAGUUUGAAUGUAACUAUUUAGUUGUGAACCAAGUGAGGAAGUAUUUACAAUCUAAAGGUUUGAAUAUAGUUUAUGCUGAAUCAGUGUUUAUACCAAUCCAAACUUCAGUUGUUCAAAUGAAUUCAGAUAACAUGGAAAAACUGUACAAACUUAUAGACAAAGUCAAAGAGGUAGAAGGUGUAGAAGAAGUGUUUAUUAAUGCUGAGCCAGAAAGUUGAUGUUUAUUUGAGAAUUAAACUUAUUUAUAAUUAUAUUA